AUUGAAGAAAAGGUUGGUUUAAAUAUCCAUCAAUCAACUGUUGGAUGCUUAUUAAAACAGAGUGACAAUAAUUUUGAAGAAAUGCCUACUAUGAAAAGAUCAAGGGCUAUUACAUAUUCUGAGCUUGAUAAUGCAUUAUAUGAAUGGUUGCUUAAUAUACUAGAAGGCCAACUUAAAUUUUCAACAGAAUGGCUUGCAAAAUUCAAAAAAUGGCAUAAAAUUGCAAAAGUGAAAUUGUAUGAAGAAGAUGCUUCUGCAGAUCAUGAUGCUGCAACUGAGGCUAUUCCAAAACUAAGACAAUUGUUAUCACAAUAUUAUUCACAAGAUGGAUGA